AUGGAACACAAGGUAGAUCUCUUGAUGAAACGCUACACAUCUGUGUGCCCAGACGUUCGCUCGCAAGUCAACGCCGCUACCAGCAAAUUGUUUGACAUGACUAGUGACAUGUACGAGUUCCCAAGCCUCCAUGUCAUCGACAACACAGGACAAGCAAUCGCUACAGGACCGGGACCAGGACUUCCAGCACCAUUUAGAGCGGCUGCUACAUACUUCCAAAUCGAGCUCCAAUUGGUUCCAGUGCCAAGAGUCCAGAACCAGAUGGACGUAUCCAUCACUCGCCAAAUGGUAAUGGGCCAAGCACAUCACAAGGAAAUCAUCGCAGCAAUGGCAGCCCUAGGAGAAGAAUUCUUGAUGAGAGCUGCGACCAGAGACGGAGAGCCCCAAAACAAAGCCUACAAAAAGUGGUCCAAGCAACAGAUUGCAAAGACCCAAUUCUAA